AUGUAUUUCAAACUUCUGAUAUUACUAUAUUCAGCUUCAUUUAUUGCUCAAUUAGUUUCUGGAGAUUGUAAUGACGUUAGCUAUUCAACACAAACUGUCACAUUUGAUAAAUUAAUUAAAAUAAAUAGAAUAGCUGUAUCUGGACAAAUCUCUGCUUUCAUCAUAGACUAUGCCAUUUCUGAAAAUCAUUUUAUAACAUUGAAGCAAGUGAAUGAUCAUCCAUUGGUGAUCUACUCAACACUAGCACAUGUACCUUCCUGGACACAUGUGGACAUCCUUGCUUCGGCAAUUCGCAUCAGACGAGCGUUCCCUGAUUCGACGGAGAAGUUCCAGAAAGAGCCUUUGCUUGUUUUAACUAUAUGUGAUUAUGAAACACAAAUCAUCGCUUUUGAUGAUACGUCAUAUGUGGUCGAUAGUCAUAAAGCAGGAUUAGUUUCAAUGUAUGAGAAUGAGCUCAUUCUUGUAUUCCGUACAUUCCAAUCUGGAGUAUUCUUCUUCUCUAUGGCUGAUCAAGGAGAUGUGCUUGUUGCUCAGAUCAUUCGAGGAACAGUUCAUGUCAUUUUCGAUUUUGGCUCCUUAACUCCGUCUCGUAUAAGUGGAGGAAAAGCGUUAGAUGACGGGAAAUGGCAUGAACUUCGUUGGCUACAUCAGUUCGAUUCUGUACAACUAUCUAUCGACAAUGUAAUUCUCAACCAGACCACUCCAACUGGCUUAUAUAGGAAAUUGGAUUUGCAUUCAGAGAUUCACAUAGCUGGACGCCCUCCAGAUGAUUUUUCUGAAGGCAUCGAAACAACAUUUCAUGGUUGCUUAGCUCGAUUACAAUUGAACUCUGCAGAUUUGUUACAAUUUGCUCCUAGUGAGAAUGUCAACAAGUGCUCAAUGCCAAUGCCACCAUCGUUAACAUUACAUAAUGGAUCAUAUGGAUUCAUCCCAUUCACAUUUCUACCAUUCUCGUUCGAAUUUCGCAUUUUUCAAACUUCAAGCGUCUUGCUGAACAUGCUUGAUUUCAAAAAUGAAACUAUUCUGAAAGUGGAAAUAGAUGAAGGUGGAAUUAUUUUUCUCACAGUCAACUCCACUAAACAUCGACAGAAAGCUAAUCCACCGGUCAAAGUUUCUGAAGGAUCAUGGCAUAGCUUCUCACUUCGAAUAAGAGGAAAUCGUCUGGAAGUCGAAAUAAAUCGUUUUACGGUAUUAUGGCUGGAAGGUAAUGAAGUGAAACGUUUCUCAAUCAAACUAGCAGCUCUGUUAUUACCAACACCUGGAUGUUAUCGUUCAGUUACUAUAGAUUUUGGAAUUAUCACAACGUCAGGAAAUGUUAGUAGAGGAACGUGUGAUAUGAUUGAUAGAUGUGUUCCGUCGCCUUGUGAAAACUCGGGUGUUUGUAGCCAAGUAUCCUUAGAUGAUUAUAAAUGCUCAUGUCCAUUUGGAUAUCGUGGGAAAAAUUGUCAUACUAGUGAAUUGCCAAGAUCUUGUGAGGAAUGGAUAUUCUGGAGAGGGCCUAAUAGAGCCAAAGUUCCCAAAGGAAAAAAUGUGACAAUCGAUUUGGAUGGUGGAGGUCCCCUAAAAGCUUUUCCUGUCGUUUGUCGAACAGAAAAGGAUGAACUCGGCGUUGAUAUUAUAACAACUUCGAUAAAACAUGAUUUACAAACUGCUAUCAUCGUCACAGGUAGUAAUGCUCCAGGAGCUGUUCGCAAAUCAUUGGAAUACGGAAUUAAUCAUGAAGAGCUUGAUAGACUAGUUGAAGGGUUUGACAAUUGCAAGCAAUGGAUGAAAUACGUUUGUCGCGGUGGCGCACAUCUGAUGACGCACGGACAAGAUAAAAGUCCAUCAUCGUGGUAUUCGACACGUAGUGAUAAACAUGGCUUGCAAUGGGGUAGUGCACCGCCAUAUAGUCGAAUGUGUUCUUGUGCCAUAAAUGGAACUUGUAAGCAUAAUCGAAUGUGCAAUUGCGAUUCCGGAGAAGAUGGUGUGGACGAGGGAUACAAUACUUAUGCUCAACUUCUUCCUGUGACAGCGCUUUUCAUAGGAGGCACUAAGAAAUCUUCAAGUGUCGAAGUUGAAAUAGGCUCUUUGAAAUGCUCAAAUCGAAUUUCUUUUGAGCCUGUCACUUUUUUUGAUAGGAACGCUCGUCUGACUGGUAGUCGCGUAUUUCAAUCGAACACAUUCCAUAUAGCCAUACAAGUCAAGUUCGCUCAUCCGAAUAUGAAUAUUUUUGUUUGGGAGAGCGCUGAUGGGAUGCAUUGGUUCCAACUGUAUAUCCAUGGAGGAAGAAUAAUUGGUGAACUGUUAAACGGAGGAGAAAGUCGAAAGAUUGUUUCUAAUAGUACUUAUAAUGAUGGGCAUUGGCAUUCUAUUUACUGGGAGGCUGAUUCGUACAGCAUGAUUCUGAGAGUUGAUCAUUCUGUAGUCGUUCAGAAUCAGCAUUUCAUCCUUCCAUCAGCUUUGCAUUGGAUAAUAGGAUCACGCACUGAGAGUGGUAACUCUGGUUAUGCUGGAGUUCUCAGAAACGCUCAUCUGUGCGGAGAAGAAUUGAUGCUCUCGUCACUAGCACGGAAAGAGCCAGCAAAAGCUUUGACUGUCGGUGACGAUGGGUAUUGCCGUAUAGGAUUAUGUAAAAACAAUGGUUCUUGCAUUGAUCACUAUGAUGGAUAUUCCUGUGACUGUUCUCUUACACCUUUCGGUGGAUCAGAUUGUACGAAAGAAUAUGGAAUGUGGGUACCACUAGGAUCAUCUUUGUCCAUUCCCUGGCAGAAUCCGGCUCAUACAUGGUUUUGUCAUCGAAUAGCAAUUCAAUCGAGAUCUGCGAAUGUGAGCUUGAUCCAAUCUCGUGCUUUAUUCGGCGAUUCAACCUUCAAUAUGAGUAUUGAUGAACAUGGUUUUCUAACACUCUCCAUAUACGACGGAUUCUUCUUUACUCAUCGUGAUGUUUAUCGUAAAAUGAAUAUGAGUGAUGAUAUAAUGCAUGACAUAUCAUUCUGUGCCAGUAAGAAACUGUUCAACCUGACGAUCGAUGGAGAAGAAUCUAUCAAGUUCGAAGGAAAUUGGACGUUCUUCCAAACUUUCAAUGUUUGGAAGUUUUUAGAUAAAGGUUAUACUGGGUGUGUUUCGCGUCUUCAAGUCGGUUCAUCGUUCCCAUUGAAGAAUCCAAAAUCUGCUCGUUUGAACUAUUCAGGAAAAAUAAAAUUUGGAUCCUGUCCAAUGCUUAUACAAGAAACAAAUCCUCAAUUUCAAGCAGCCAAGAAAAGUGAGCAAGUGUUCAUAAGUACAGUAAGCUUGGAUAGACAUCGUCUGAUAUCAUUUACAUCUAUAAUAAUCGGUGUUACAUUGGUUUUGAUUGUUAUGUUAGCUGUUUUUAUAUAUUACGUAAGAUCGAGACCUGAGGGAGUCUAUAAAACGAAUGAAUGUGGUUUGCCCAUGCCCAACAAUAACACCUUGAGCAGGUCAGAAGAACCGCUUGUUCGAAAAUCAAAUGGUAGUCAAACAAAUGAAUAUUUUUGUUAA